AUGGCAGCCUUUGACCCUUACUCCUCAACCGCUCGGCCACCGCUUACAACAGCCGAUGCUCCGUCAAUGGCUGAUCAGCUGCCGACUCUGAACUUUCGAUUCGAAGAGCUGCGUUCUCGAAUGACGCAGUUUUCCCAGAAAUUUGACUCCUUUAUUGAAAGAGGCAGAAAGCAAGUGUUAGAAGAGAGAAAUCAGUUUUAUAUUGAUCUGGCUGAACUUCAAGAGGACCAGCGGAUGAAAGAGAAGGACAUUGAGAUACUCAACCUAAAGUUACAGACACACAGACAAACCCUCCAAAAAGAGAGCGCAGAAGCUGCCGAGAUGCAUGCUGCCAUAUCCCAAAUCAGCCAGCAACGCGAUUCUCGAUCGGCUAUCCGUGAUAGGCUCCAGCAGCAGAUCAAUGAAACUCAAAGAAGUAUAAACCAAAGACUGGAAGCGCAAAGGGCCCAUGCUAUGCAGCUGGAGCUACAAUCACGUCAAAAUGUUCCAGAGUUAGAAUUUUGGCAAGAUCUACUAUGUCUGCGGAUUGAGGGGGCUGGGAGAGAAGAUCGGCUAAAGAUCAUUUAUACGCAUCUACUAGAGAAGGACUGGGAUAGAGAGGCCUGGUUUGAACUCGGGACUGCUGGCCAUGAAUAUGAAGUUUUACACUGUCGCCCUAAACUUGAAAAAUCAGCCAUCGCCGAGGUUGUUGAAAUCGUGAAUGACGAUAGGGACUUUGGUGCUUUCCUUAAAAGAAUGCGGAGGCUUUUUGUUGCGGCUCUAAAUUAG